UCAAUCCAACAAAAACAGAGUGUUACAAAACCUAAACACCACCGCGCUCAUGUAACCAGCAGUAUGAAAGGAAAUACGAUACCAUCUAACGUGUUUCUCGUCGCUGGACUUAUAAAAGGCCCGUAACUCUGCAAGCCCUUUCCUUCGGCUUACUUUAGCUUCAAAUUAUCUCUCACAGACUUACUUCACUCGUUAUUCAUUGUAUGUUGCACUGCAUUUGGAGGAGUGAUUUGCAAACGCACACGGUGUUAUCACGAGUUGUUCACAAUUUUCACUGCAGCUCACCUUUUCACUGUGCACCAAGGCGCCUCUUGAGGUUUGUUGCCUACAGAAAUCAGAGGCCCAGUUCAGUAUUCUCCUGCCUGACCAAGUCAUUCACCAGUGAAAUCACCAUGUCAGCCGUAAAACGCAAGGCAACAUUUGCUGCAGCGGCUGAAGAACCCAGUGCCAAGCAGCAGAAGUUGGCUCCCAUGAAGGAGAAGAAGGAGAGAGCUGGGGGCUGGCUGCAGGACCUUGUGACGAAGCAGAGGACAGAAAUGAAGGAGUUGAAAUUCAACAACAAGCGCCUUCGUUUUAUAUCUGACACUAAAAAGAUAAAGCAGGGCUCGGAGGGUGUCCUGUACUGGAUGUCAAGAGACCAAAGAGUACAAGAUAAUUGGGCACUGAUCCAUGCACAGCAGCUUGCCAUGAAGGAGAGCCUACCUCUGCACAUCUGCGUCUGCCUGCAUGUCCCAAAAUCAGAACUGUCCACUCUGAGACAUUACAGCUUUAUGUUGAAAGGUCUGGAAGAAGUUGCAGAGGAAUGUAAAACCUUAGACAUCCAGUUCCACUUGCUGCAUGGUUCACCGGGGGAAGUUGUCCCUGGCUUUGUGUCAGACUGCAGCCUUGGGGCGGUUGUGACAGACUUCUCCCCCCUCAGAGAGCCACUGCAGUGGCUGGAGGAUGUCAAAAAGAUGCUUCCGAAGGACAUACCAUUCAUACAGGUUGACGCCCACAAUAUUGUUACCUGCUGGGAAGCAUCACCUAAACUUGAGUACGCCGCAAGGACGAUCAGAGGAAAAAUCAACAAGCUUUUGCCAGAGUUCCUCACUCAGUUUCCUCUGGUAGAGAAACACCCCUACACGGCUACAAGAACCACAAAACAAGUAGACUGGGACAAAACCCUGGCCUCCCUGCAGGUUGACAAAACAGUUAGAGAGACGGAGUGGGCUAAGCCAGGCACCAAGGCAGGAUUGGCCAUGUUGGAGUCCUUCAUUGAUGUACGCCUUAAACAGUUUGACACCAAACGCAACGACCCAAAUGCUGCAGCCCUCAGCCAGCUCUCCCCCUGGAUCCGCUUCGGCCACCUGUCAGCCCAGCGUGUGGCGCUGCAAGUUCAGAGCAGCGGGAAGAGCGCAGGUCAGUCCGUGUCCUCCUUCAUCGAGGAGCUGGUGGUGCGCAGGGAGCUGACUGACAACUUCUGCUUUUACAACAAGAAAUAUGACAGCGUCGAGGGUGCGUAUGAGUGGGCUCAGAAGACCUUGAAAGAUCAUGGCAAAGAUAAGAGGCCCUAUCUCUACACGUGUGAGCAGCUGGAGAAAGCAAAGACACAUGACAAACUCUGGAAUGCUGCUCAGUACCAGAUGAUCACUGAGGGGAAGAUGCAUGGUUUCUUGAGGAUGUACUGGGCCAAAAAGAUUCUGGAGUGGACUUCUUCACCAAAGGAGGCGCUCUCGAUCGCUCUGUACCUAAACGAUCGCUAUGAGCUGGAUGGCCAGGACCCUAAUGGCUUUGUCGGUUGUAUGUGGUCGAUUUGUGGCAUCCAUGACCAGGGCUGGGGAGAGAGACCUGUUUUCGGAAAGAUCCGCUACAUGAACUACAAAGGCUGCCUUCGGAAGUUUGACGUAGCCCAGUUUGAGAGAAAGUAUUGUCCUAAAAACCUUUGAGGCAUAAAAUGUUUUGAAGGAUAGGAAUAAAAUGCCUGACAGCAUGUAUCUCCUAAACCUUUACCUCAGGGAACAGCCUUUCUAACAGUUUAUUUUCUUCUUUUUUUUUAUUUUUAUUAACUGCUUGUUUUGUCAAAAACAUUCAGUAUAUUAUUGUUUAGACUGUUUAUUUGACUGAAUAUUUAGACAUGUUGUUUAUGCUUAUCAAGACUCUAAGCUGUUUCUGGUAGGGUAUUGGACAGUGUGCUGUUGCUUAACAUUAUAUUUUGCUCUGUGGUGCCUACUUAGUAAGCAGAAAGAACUUUUUACUUUUUAUUUAUUGGUUUUUUUUUUCACAGUAAAUUUUCUUUUCAAAAAGCUACCACAAUACAUGGUGUUCUUUUAGAGUAACUCAAAGGAUUUGACUCCAUUUUCUGAAAAAUACCUCUUUUCAAACAAAACAUACUGUACAACUGUAAACAAGGCCAUUUGCUAUCACGUAUAUCAAGAUCUCAUUGUUCAUUUAGAAUAUUCUUAUCUGUAAGACCUGAAAUGCAGCAUAUUUUUGAUUUGAUUUUUGACUUUUUUGAUUACUUUACUCAGAAGGAUACAUCCACCCACAAUCACGUUGACUGAUAGCAUUUGAAUUUCUUUAAUAAAUAAUAAACUUCAAUCAAUUCUAAAUUAAUGAAUUUAAUACUAGAGUAGCUUGUAGUAUUGUUAUCUACAGGCUACUGAUUCAAAAUCUAAUCAAAUCGGUAUAUAAAUGCUCUUUUUAACAAAACACAUUUUAAUGACGGUCAACAAAAUAAUUUGAUUAUUGAAACUCAUGUUCUUUAAUCCAAAAUAGAAAAGACAAAUAUAUAUACUGUAUAAAACACUUGUAUUUGCAGGGUUUGGGAAACAUCACAGUUACAAAUGUGGUUUUAUUGAGCACUGAUGUGAUUAAGCACAGAAACAAAAACCACUUCUACCAAACCUAAUUAACUAGUGUAUAAAAACAUUCCCUUCAGCAAACAAUGCACUUUAAACCAUUUCGCAAAAUCCAAUAUCGAACUCCUCUAUGCUAUGGGCUCUUUUGCUGUCUUACUACAUUUCAGAGGAAAGAGAUAUGUCACCCAAGAAUGUGCUUUUUUGUGCUGAUUAGCUGAAACCAGUUUGUAUGGUUACAAGGAAAGGAAUAUUACAGUGUGAUAUUUUAUUCUAUAAUUUACUGGUUCAAGUUUCUAUCCUACAAGCUGCUAAUCCUUCAAAUGCUGUUGUAGAUGAAGAGUAAAUCAGUUCUUGAAGAUUAGUGGUUGAAAAGCAGCAGGACUAUGAGUCAUAUUAAAGACAAGAAGUGACAGGAAUUAUUUUCCUUGCGGAAAUGAGAUGUGUUGCAUAAACACAUAAAGCAGCAUGUUGAAUAAAAUACAAUCAUGUUUAAGCAGGUUAUCAAUUAUAUUUUAACUUGUCGAGUCUCCUGCAAGAAAAUUGCAACAUUUCUUAGUACAGAGAUUUGGUAGUGAUGUGUAGUUUCACACUAAGCUGUUAAAGCUGUUAUUGCCUUAUAUUACAUGUGCUCCCCUACCAGGUACACAAUAAAUUCAUGCUUAUAGUG